CCCUUCAAGAACUUCUACUCUUUAAAUUAUCAGAAUCCAAAACCAGAAAUUCAUAUAAAUACAAGAAUCCGACAAGCUAAAUACAGAAAACUCAGAGAAAAAGAAACAAAGAAAGAGAAACAAAAAGAAGAAGAAGAAAAAAAAUGGCAAAAGCACGUUCAAUAGGAAUAGGUAUGGAUUAUUCAGCAACAAGCAAAAUAGCACUGAAAUGGGCAAUUGAUAAUUUAAUAGAAGAAGGUGAUAAAAUCAUAAUUAUUCAUGUUGUUUCUUCUAAACUUGAGCCUACUAAUAAGCAACUCUUUGAAGACACUGGAUCUCCUUUAAUACCUUUGGAUGAAUUUAGAGAAAUUAAUGUGUCCAAGUAUUAUGGACUUAACCCUGAUAGAGAGGUUCUUGAUAUGCUUGACACUGUUUCCAAGCUUAAAAGAGUAAUAGUUGUGGCAAAGGUUUAUUGGGGAGAUGCAAGGGAGAAGCUGUGUGAUGCUGCAGAACAUCUGAAGCUUGAUUCACUNACACACAAAAUAUAG